AUGGCGCAGUCGCCUGCCUCGUCGUCGUCCCCCGAAGACGCUGCUGAAAACACGGCCGAUGAAGAAGAUUCGGAAGACUACUGCAAGGGAGGAUACCACCCAGUGACGAUUGGCGAGAAAUUCAAGGACGGGAAAUACACAGUGAUUCGGAAGCUAGGCUGGGGCCAUUUCUCGACAGUCUGGCUAUCAAGAGACAACAUCACCAGCAAGCAUGUGGCGCUCAAGGUUGUGCGAUCGGCGGCACACUACACAGAAACCGCCAUCGACGAAAUCAAGCUCCUUAAUAAGAUUGUACAAGCGAACCCAGACCACCCCGGCCGCAAGCAUGUGGUAAGCCUGCUCGACUCCUUCGAACACAAAGGCCCGAACGGCACGCACGUCUGCAUGGUCUUCGAGGUGCUGGGCGAGAAUCUCUUGGGCCUGAUCAAGAAGUGGAACCACCGCGGCAUUCCUAUAGCCCUCGUCAAGCAAAUCACAAAACAGGUUCUCUUGGGCCUCGAUUACCUCCACCGGGAAUGCGGCAUCAUACACACAGACUUAAAACCCGAGAACGUGCUGAUCGAGAUUGGCGAUGUCGAGCAAAUCGUCAAGCGGGUGGUUAAGAGUGAGCCCAGUGAGAAGGAGAACAAUAGGAAUGGCCGCCGGAGGCGUAGGACCCUCAUAACUGGCAGUCAGCCGCUGCCUUCGCCACUGAACGCCAGCUUCAACCCGGCGUCACUCUUCCCAUCAACGAACUCGAGUCUCAGCCACAUGCUGCAUGAAGGCUCCACUCCUACAGGUGACAACUCACCGAGGCUGGACAGUGUAAACGAAGCGGAGACGGAGCGAGAAGAGACAGCAGACAUCCUAACGGAGGAAGUCUCCGGGAUUUCUUUGGAUAAGACCGGCACCCCUCCGCUGGGUUCAGCACAAGGCGAGAAGCGAAAGGCGGAUGAUAUGCAAGGCUUUGACAUUAUUAGUGUCAAGAUUGCAGAUCUGGGGAACGCGUGCUGGGUCAAUCACCACUUUACGAACGACAUCCAGACGCGUCAGUACCGGUCCCCUGAAGUAAUUCUCGGCGCCAAGUGGGGUGCUAGCACAGAUGUCUGGAGUAUGGCUGCCAUGGUCUUUGAACUCAUCACCGGCGACUAUCUCUUUGACCCACAAUCCGGAACUAAGUAUGGAAAGGAUGAUGAUCACAUAGCGCAGAUCAUCGAGCUUCUGGGACCGUUCCCAAAGUCACUAUGCCUGUCAGGCAAAUGGUCCCAAGAGAUCUUCAACCGGAAAGGAGAGCUUCGCAAUAUUCAUAGGCUACGGCAUUGGGCUCUCCCGGACGUGUUGAAGGAGAAGUAUCACUUCAAAGAAGAAGAGGCCAGACGCGUGGCCGACUUUCUCACCCCGAUGCUAGAGCUCAUACCAGAGAAGCGAGCAAAUGCAGGCGGGAUGGCAGCACAUGCAUGGCUCGAAGACACGCCUGGAAUGAAGGGGGUGAAGAUUGAUAGAGUCGAGGUUGGAAGUCGCGGGGAAGGCAUAGAUGGCUGGGCAAGCGAGGUGAGGAAACGAUAA